GAGUAUGUUAUUUCCUCUUAAAUUUCCUUCCUAAUGAAGAGGGAUUUUUGCCACCUUACUAGCGAGACAGUUCCUUUUUCUGAAUAUGAAAUUGCAGCAAAUGACAUCGAAGAAGACUACAAUGAUUUCGUUCUCGGUGUUCAUUCACAUGUAGAGGUAGAAAAAAAAUCGUCAUGCGGGCAACGUUUACCAGAGCUUACACCCCUAAUGGCUAACUCAUAUCCUACACAUCAUUGGCCUUGGCACGCUGCUAUCUAUUACAAUAAUAAAGAUUACCAUCCAUUUCCUUUUUAUCGAUGUGGAGGUACGGUCAUCAAUUCAAAUACAGUUCUUACAGCAGCACACUGUGUCUCUCGUUUUAACGAGCCAAUGCAAUCGAAUGAAUUCCUAGUGUCUUUGGGGCGAUUAAAUUUGGAUGUUGAUGAGAGUAGUGGACAGAACUUUACUGUCGCCGAAGUCAUAAUUCAUCCCGACUUUGAAUACUUUGAUAAGAACAACGACAUAGCAAUUCUUCGACUUUCUACUCACGCUACAUUCAACAAUUACGUGCAACCAAUUUGCAUGUGGCCGUCGAAUAAAAAAAAAUUCUCCGAAAUUGUUGACAGAGCUGGUACAGUAGUGGGAUGGGGAAAAAAAGAAACGGGCGAAAUAUCACACAUACUCCAAGAAGCGUCUAUUCCAGUUGUAAGUUUCUUCACCUGUCUUUCAAGCAAUCGUACCUUUUAUGGAAAUUUCUUAACAGAAAAAAAUUACUGUGCUGGUAAUCGAAACGGCAUCAGUGUGAACCCUGGUGACGGUGGCGGGUCAAUGACUUUCGAAGAAGGUGGCAUCUAUUACAUACGAGGAUUAGUGUCGAAAUGUCUAGCUAAUAAUCAAAAUGGAAUGUGCGAUUCGAUGGAGUAUUCCAUUUUCACUGAUGUUGCACAGUAUCUAUCUUGGAUCGAAGAGGUGAUUGCGAAGAGACCGUUCAGUGCGCUACCGAUUUUAACGCGGCGGUUCCUGUUUCUGAAUACGCCAAACACGAAAAAGAAGUCGAUGAUGGCGACAAUACUUUCGUUCGUGUUGUUGGUUCUUCGAACCGAGAGGUAGACCACAUAUCUUAUUGUGGACAGCGUUUACCAGAGCUGGCACCCCUAAUGACAUACUCAAAUCCUACACAUCAUUGGCCUUGGCACACUGCCAUCUAUCAUAACAAAGUCCACGAACCGUUUCCUGUUUAUCAAUGUGG